GCGCGGGAGGGCGCCUCCGCGCCGCUGGUCUUUAACUGGGCUGGCAAGGCCAGACCAGCACCCAACCUCUUUCCUUAGCCUGCUUCUGUUUGGUCUGGGUUACCACCCCUGUUGCAGGCCCCCGUGCACCCCGCAGGUGAGAGGGGUCCAGGGACCCCGCUUCCUAGGGUGAAUUAAUCCUCCCUCCUCUCCCCUUCUCCCGCUCUCCGAGCAGUCGACCGGGUCUGACCCCCGUGGUCUGGCGUGAGUCCCAUCGUGUGUGCUCUGGGGACCGGAGCUAGGGAGGCAGCUCCUCAUUCCACCUCCAGGAAGUCAAACUGGAGGAAGGAGGACAAACUCGGGGAGGCGGGGCUCGGUGCCACUGGGCAGCCGUGAAGGCCCGCGGUCCUCAACCCCCACGCCGCUUCAGAUCCGGGAUCCGAGCGCUGGCUGGCGUCCGGGCACUCUUGCGGCCAGAUGGCAGACCCCGUCCCAGAUCCUGAGUCAGAGCCCGAAUCCGUGUUCCCACGGGAGGUCAGACUCUUCGCCGACUCUUACUCGGAGAAGAGCCGGUUCUACUUCUGUGGGCACGUGCUGAGCAUCACGGAGAACUUCGGCUCCCGCCUCGGGGUGGCAGCGCAUGUGUGGGACGCGGCUCUAAGCCUGUGUAACUAUUUCGAGAGUCAGAAUGUGGAUUUCCGAGGCAAGAAAGUGAUCGAACUGGGCGCUGGGACGGGCAUCGUGGGUAUCUUGGCAGCGCUGCAGGGGGGGGAUGUUACCAUCACUGACCUGCCCCUGGUCCUAGAACAGAUCCAGGGCAACGUCCAGGCCAAUGUGCCGGCUGGAGGCCGGGCCCAGGUCCGCGCCUUGUCCUGGGGGAUUGACCAGCAUGUCUUCCCUGGAGACUAUGACCUGGUGCUGGGGGCUGAUAUCGUGUAUCUGGAGCCCACCUUCCCACUGCUGCUGGGGACCCUCCAACACCUGUGCGGGCCCCAUGGCACCAUCUAUCUGGCUUCCAAGAUGAGAGAGGAGCACGGGACAGAGAGCUUCUUUCAGCACCUCCUGCCCCAGCAUUUCCAACUGGAGCUGGCCAAGCGGGAUGAGAAUGAGAAUGUUAACAUCUAUAGGGCCAGGCACAGGGGACCAAGACCUGCUUGAUGUCACCCUUCUGCUCCUCUGAACACCUUGUUCUAAUGAAGGAACUGCCAUAUGUCCAGAGCCGUACACAUAAGGACCAAAAACGAUGGAUUUCCCUUGCCGCUGUCUUUCCUCCUUCCCUAUUUGUUUCCUGAGAUACUCUUGGGCAGGUGCAGGGAGGUGCUCCGUGCUAGGAAUACUAGAGCCCUAGCUGUACUGGGCUAGAGUGCAAAGGAAAUUCCCAGUUCCUGUUCUCAGCAGAGGAAGAUGGGAGUGUAUCCAGGACUUUAGGGGAAGGGGAGGUAAAUGGGAUAUGUGAACAGUGACUGCAGAGAGACCGUCGUGAUCCCAUCUAGUCCUGCUGUUGUCUUUCUAUACAGAAUGGAUUUUUUUCCAGAUUCUACUGGAAUUUUU